CCAGUCCCACCACCGGAGUUCCCCGACCUGUGUGUAAGACCAGCCCCCUGACACACGCUGCUAAAAGUGAGCGUAUUCGGAAAUCGACUGACCGUACUGUCAGUACUGAAAAUCUACAGUAUACGUAAUUGCGGACUUGUGGUUAUGUCUUGAUAUAAAAUCAAGUUUCAAAAACAGAUCAGUCUUUAAACAAGAAUGAUGGAACCGGAAUAAAAUAUCUCGUUGAACAGAACUGCAAAAAUUCUCAUUGAAGACUACCGCAUCUAUGUAAAUUCGAAUAUUCUUGUAAAUAAGCGCGGACAUCAAUAUGUCGAAAGUGAUGAAAUUGGGAUUGAAAGAGGCUCGGGAAUUGAUCAAGCAAAAAGAAUUCAAGGAAGCUAUAAAAAGAUGUAAAACCAUCCUUAAGGAGGAUAAACAGAAUUACGUAGCACUAGUCCUGCUUGGGGCCGCUAUGCAGGAAGUAGAAGAACUGAGAUCUCAAGCUCCGUUAGCUCUCAAAAAGGCAGCAGAACUUCAGCCCAAUAACAUUUUGGCCUGGCAAGGUUUAGUUGCAUUUUACGAGCGAGAACCAAGUAACCAUUCUGCGCUGCUGGAACUGAUCACAGCUCACAGCAAACUGUUGCAGGUCGAUAGCGAUUCUGCAAAGUUUUCUCCCACAAUCAACAAAAUUGUGGAUCUUGUAUUACAAAUACAAGAUGAUACAGCCUUGGCACAAGUUAUAUCAACUUUUAACCAGCUUAAAGAGAGAGAAAUGUUGAGCGAAGAUAGAGUAAGAAUAAUCAGUUCUAGCUUGGCGAAGAUUUUAACUCAGUAUCCAAAAGAUUUAAAGGAAUAUUCUACUCUGUUAGAAGAUACACUUGCAAAGGUGUGCAAAGAUGUCAAUGUAACUAAUAGGCAAGAAUAUUACAGAAAAUAUUUGAAAAUUCUGUAUAAUAUCGGAAAAUUAGAUGCUUUACUUACAGAAGCUGCUAGUAUGCACAAAGAGUUUUCUGAUGACACAUAUCCGUUGGAAUGGAUUUGUCGAGUGUAUUCAGAGAAAAGUAUUUUAAAUGGUUCAUGCAAUGGUAUAGAAAUAACACCAUUUUAUGAAACACUACAAGUUCUGAACGCCGAUUCAAGUAUGGCAGCGAUGGCUAAAGCAGUAAAUUUAUACCAAAGUGCUAAUUUCAUUGAGGCAAGGGACACUUUAAAUCACGUCGUUUUUCUUAAACCAAACUGGUUGCACCCGUGGGUGGCUUUAGCGGAAGUUAAUUUAAAACUCUAUUGUUUUGAGGAAGCUGAAAGGGCAGCUGCCCGCGCUAACCAAUUAAUAAAACCUGACACUCCAUGCAAGAUAGAGCUGAAGAUACAACUUGCUAUGUUCGAGGCAAUAAGUCGAACUGCAAAUUCAAAAGACUCGACUAUUUCUAUGGAAAUGAUUGAAGAUAGAAUCAGCAGAGAUUCGUCUUCGCACAAAUUUAAAUUAAUAUUGGCACGUGUGCGUGUUCAACUUGAAGAUCCAAAGGCAAAUGACUUGUUGAAGGAACUUGAAAAUUACUCGGAAACAAAAGUCGAAGCUACCGUCCUUAAAGCGAUUGCCUUAAAAAACCAAAAAAAAUUAGAUGAAGCUGCAGAUGUUCUUGGCUCGGCUUUAGAGAACUCGGAAGCGUGGUUGGUGCUGGGAAAAAUUCAUUGGGAAAUGGGUGACUACAAUCACAGCCAAAUGGCAUUUCUGAAAGGCAUUCAUGCCGAUCCUUACAACUGGGAGUGCUUGGUUUAUUUGGGUCACUACUAUCAACGAUAUGGCAAAGACUUGGAACGGUGUCGAAAAUGUUAUCAAAAAGCCUUGCAAAUCAAUCCAGCCUCUGAAGAAGCAGGAAUCGGUCUUAGUACAGCUUUCAGGCUCUUGAAAAACAGUGAAGCAAACAUGCAGUUGCUGCAGCGUGUAACAAUGUACGGAGGGGGACCUAAGUGGGCUUGGCUUCAAUUGGGCUUGCAUUAUUUAGACCAGGGAGAACCUGAGCAGGCAAUAAACUCAUUGCGUAAUGUUAUAAGGAGCAAUCCGAAUGACAACCAUUGCUGGGAGAUUUUGGCUGAUGCAUACUUGGAAAGAGGAGCUCAUACAUCAGCACUCAAAUCAUACCACCGUGCCUUGGAACUGAUUCCUGGAUCUUUAUAUCCCAUGAUACAAAUAGCUAACAUUAAACUGAUACUGAGUCAAUUUAUAGAAGCCAAAAAAGAUUUCGAGCAAGUCUUACUGUCUGAACAGAGCUAUAUCCCAGCAUUAAAAGGACUAGCAGAAACAUUACUUGGCUUGUCUAAAGAAUAUGCUUGUAAACAACUGCUGGGUCGAUCAAGAGAAAAUGCAGAACUAGCUGCUGACUACUUGACUACAGCUAUCACAGAAAAUAGUGGGAUUUCUUGCAUUUGGAAACUAUUGGGUGAUGCUUGUUACCAAAUAGCAACUUUACCAAAGAAGUAUUGCUUCAUGAAAAUUACUGCUGGCCUAGUCAAAUCUCAAACUCAAGAACAGCAUGUAACAAUUGAAAGAGCUGAUAUAUUCUCAUUGUCCAUAAAGUCAUACUGCCGUGCAUUAAGUUUAUCACCAGUUUCUGCAUUACUUUGGCAUGAUUUGGCAUCCUGUUAUUUAUCACAGUUGAAAAUGAAUUCAGUCUCCGAUCGUCAUGACGUGGCUAAUAAAGCUGCAGCAGCUGCUAAGCAAGCUAUAAAAAUAGCACCAUCUUCUUGGAUGCAUUGGAAUCUAUUGGGUGUGAUCUGCAUGACACAUGAAAUUAAGAAUUACGCCCUUUCACAGCAUUGUUACGUGAUGGCGAUUGACAUGGAAUUGCAAAAUCCUGUAGCUUGGAGUAACUUAGGAACUCUGUAUCUACAUUUGGGCGAUCCUUAUAGGGCAAACGAAGCAUUUUCACGAGCUCAACGAGUCGAUCCUGGGUAUAACAAUAGUUGGAUAGGUCAGGCUCUAAUUGCUGAGAAAAUGACUAGAAAAGAAGCUAUGGAUCUGUUCAGGCACACUACGCAGUUAGGGUAUCACAAUCAGGCUGCAUUGGGUUACACUCAUUGGGUUUUAACAACUCUUUUAAACUCCGAAGCAAAAAAAGAUCCUCUUUAUAUAUACACAAUUGAAAAUAUGCAUGCGGUAUCUGUGGCAAUGGACGGGAUAAAUUGGUACCUCGAACAUGUUCCUGAUGAUCCCUGUGCCUUGAAUGCUCAUGGUUUAUUACUAGAGCGCCAAAAAUUGUAUAACCCUGCAGUCAGGGCAUUUACGUUGGCUUUAAAAUUAGCCACCAAAGAUAAUGAGAAAGACUCCUUGCGUGUUAACUUAUCGCGCAGUUUAGUACAGCUCAAUAAAUUUGAUGAAGCUGUUCAACUUUGUCAGGGUAUAAAAAAUGCUGAUUUCAAUUCCCACUGUCAGCUUGCUCUUUCGUUAUUCAAAGCCGAGAGAUACGAAGAAUCUUAUGGUGCUUACGAAGCAGCCUUGCAUUGGCUAGCAGGUGAUGGCUCAGAUAAGGCGCAUGUACUUUGCGCGAUGGCAGCUAUGGCCUACAUGUUUCAAGGCGUUGAUGAUGCAAAGACUCUACUUUUCCAAUGCAUUCGAAUUCAACCGCCAACCGUUUCCGGACUCCUUGCCGCAGCUGCACUCGGAUUACUUCAUCAAGACAUUAACUUGACUGCCUUGGUUCUGAAGGAGUUGAAGCCAUAUCAGGAUCAUCCAGAACACAGAAAUCAUAUUACUUUGCUCUCCGCUUACGCGCAUGUUGUUCAAGAUGAUCGUAAAACUGCUAUUAGAGUAUUGAGUAAAGCUGCACACAGACAUCCUGGUGAUGUCGAAUCAUGGGUAUCAUUGGUGCGUUUGUUGCCUGAGUCAGAGCCAAAAAUCAUUGGUAACAGUGCAGAGAAGGCUCUAUAUUUGGGCCGAAAAAAUUGUACAGAUACCGUGGCAAAAGUGAGCUGUACCUCAUCGAUUAGUCAUCUUGUUUCAGGCCUGGGUGAUAAAGGAUUGAAAUCUAGUGAAAAGACAAUACACUCAUUUCCCUAUAUGGCGGAAAGUUGGGCUACAUUGGUUGCAGCACUUCUUCCACGAUCGAAUUUCAAAGAUUCUAGUCCAAGCGCUCAUUGGAUGACGGUGUUAAUUUCCAUCAUACGACGGCGGUUUGCAAUGACCAGACCCAUGGCUCAAUGGUUAUCAAACAACGAAAGAAAGGCUAGUCUUAUGGCUGACCGAAUCGUAAUAUCAGGAUAAGUUGUGUAUUGGUAAAACUAUUCGAUGAAUUUAAUUUUUCUGUAUGCAAUCAACUAAAGGAAAUAUCCUGAAUUAAAGGAAGAUUUCACCAGUUUUGGUACGUUGGAUAUCCUAUAAAUCUGUAUUAACGGUCUAAACAGAGAAACUAUGAGUUACUAACGACUUGUAUUGCAUAAGGUUUACAUUCGAUUGUGAUUUUUAUAUUAUGUCGUCACUAAUUACACGAAUUGUAAUGUUUUAUGCUCCAAGUUCCGUUCCACUUCUAAACUAGGUCUUUCAAACCAGUCCGUUGAUAUUCGUUGUAUGGUCUACGUGUUCUUUCACUUGGGUUAUAUGCUCUAGUUCUGAAAUUUGCAGGAGUUUUGUACUGCCCUUGAUCCUUAAUGCGACCAAUUAUUGUCGUACAAAGAACGUCAUCCAAUGUCUGCAAUUAAGUGUGAAAAAUAAUAUUUAGCUAUAAAUUCGUAAUCAUAAUUAACAGAUCAGAGUAUCUGACGACUUGAACAGCACGAUUUACAUACAACAUAUUAUUAACCACAAUUUGUCGUCCAAAUAGGAAAUUUUUUCAUCAAAAACAUAAUGAAUAUUAAUCAGAUAGGUUUAAUCUAGAGUUAAAGUCUACUCACUUUUGUUUCGAUGUGAUCGUUUGACUUUAAUUGCCUGAGUACAGUCACCAUGGGAUCAUUCUCAUCUAACUGUGCUCUCUCUAUGGCUUUCUGAACUUUAUCCAACUAAAUAAAUGAAUACAAUGAUGAGUCAAGUAUCUAGUAUAUCAGAAAUACAAUAAUCACGUACCACUUCUAUCGGGUAAAGAUGCUUGACCUGAGAUAUGCGGUCAUUACUCAGGGAAUUUCUCAGUAUUGGCAAUACAUCGUCGAGCCUGUCAAGAUCCGACAGAGCUGCAACCUUGAGGAGUCUGACCGAGACAUAAUUGAAUUGUUUUUCAUUAAACAUAACCUCUGCUGUGAUUUCGGGUCUUCCUUGUUUCAAGGCAAGUCCUGCAAAGAAUGUGGCAGCUCUACGGACUAAGUAGUUACCCCUCAUUUUUAAUUUUUGAUAACAGUUCAAAGCAUACUCGAAACUCUCGGUGGAGUUCUGAAACAAAAUUAAAGUACACCUGUUAAUGAUACAUGCAGAGCAUCGAUACUGUGAUUGUAGAACUAGUGAAGGAUAAAUUUUCUGAAAAGACAAAGUUCUUCUGUGACAAAAAUAUACUAUCCAACACAGCAAGUGACUCAUCUAUGAAAGUUGCCUACCUCUUUGUAACACGCUGCAAAAACUAAGACGACAACAUCUUUUGGGAAACUAGUACCCAGGAUGUUCUUGGACUCAAUAGUAUCAAAUACUUGUCUGAUUUCAGCAUAUCUUCCAUGAUUGUACAACAAAUCCAUUAGGAUCUGACAGCUGA